AUGUUCUCUUCAGACGAGCAUGAGUUUGAUUUUGACGCUUUGAUAGACACAAGCAUGAUUGAAGAACCAACCAUCAAAGAGUCUUCACGCGAACCUUCAGCAGCGACCCCAGCCGUGGCUUCUGACAACCCUCUCGACGCACCAGACGGCCCGCGACCGGAUGCUGAAGAUGCCGACGGCCAGGACGACGAGGAGAUGGGCGGAACCGAUGACACGAAGAAAGAGAAGGACGCCGAUGGUGCUGAAGUAGUGGACCCGGAGGCGCAAGCAAAGGCUGACCUGCAAUCUGCUGCACGCUCGCAUUUCGUCACGCAAACAUAUGCGACCAUCAUUCCGAGCUACGCGACAUGGUUCGAUAUGCGCUACAUCGACUACCGCGAGCGCAAGGCCCUGCCCGAGUUCUUCAACAACCGCAACCGCAGCAAGACGCCCGCCGUGUACCGCGACUAUCGCGACUUCAUGAUCAACACAUACCGCUUGAACCCGUCAGAGUACCUUACCGUCACAGCAUGCAGAAGGAACUUGGCUGGUGACGUUUGCGCCAUCAUGCGCGUACACGCCUUCCUCGAGCAGUGGGGAUUGAUCAACUACCAGGUCGACCCUCAAGAGCGCCCAUCAAACAUUGGUCCUCCAUUCACCGGCCACUUCCGCGUUACCGUUGAUACACCCCGAGGACUACAGCCAUUCCAACCAGGCCCUGGAUCCAAGGUCACUGAUGGAAAGCAGCACGCCGGUACCGACCGCGCUGCGAGCCAACAGCCCACCGCAAAGAGCGAGACCAAAUCGCUGGCCGGACGCAACAUCUACGAGGCGAACGGCAAAGAGGCGUCAGCAGAACCCAAGGCAUCGAAUGGUGAGACUGUGGCGAACGGCAAUUCAGCCGAUGUCAAAGAUCUUGAGGCUGCCGCGAAGGAGCCCAUCAAGGUGAUCAACUGCUUCAGCUGCGGCGUCGAAUGCACCCGUGUACAUUUCCACGAGACCAGCACUCCGGAAGCAGCUGGACAAACCAAGAGUGUAGGCGGCUUGAAGCGGGUCGUCUGCCCAAGAUGUUACUCGGAGGCUAAUUUCCCCGGUAAUACGUCAAGCGCAAACUACGUCAAGGUCUCCAACCCAGAGUACUCACCAGCGCCAGACGGCGAGGAGAAAUGGUCUGAAGAGGAGGUCCUGUUGCUGCUCGAAGGUCUGGAGGAGUUUGAUGAUGACUGGAACCGAGUCGCCGACCAUGUCCAGACCAAGACUCGCGAGCAGUGUGUGAUGAAGUUCCUGCAACUCGAGAUUGAAGACAAGUACAUUGAGGCAGACGUGCCAUCAAAUGAGCCUGCUGCACCAUCGAUGAAGUUCCUAAAGGAUCUGGAGUACCUCAACGCAGGCCGUGCGCCAAUCCACCACGCUGAAAACCCUGUCCUGAGUGUCGUCAGCUUCCUCGCUGGUCUUGCACCCGCGAACGUUACUGAAGCCGCCGUCGCCUCGGGCCGCAGCGUCACGGAGAUGAAGCGCAUCCUCCAAGACAAGAUCAACAAGACCCCCACCGCGCCCUCAGAAAAGGGCAAGGAGAAGGAAGGCGAGACCGCGACUGCAUCAUCAGACGUCAAGCCCGAAGGCAGCGCCGACGCCAUGGACGUCGACUCCUCCACCGCCCUCACCACAAAGGACACCAGCACCCCGUCCGACCCGUCCAACCCGCUCGUCACCCUCCCCUUCGCCCUCUCCGCCGCACGCGCCUCGGCCCUCGCCUCCCACGAGGAGCGCCACAUCACGCGCCUCGUGUCUGGCACCGUCAACCUACAACUGCAAAAACUCCAGCUCAAGCUCGCGCACUUCAACGACUUUGAGAAACUCCUCUCUGCUGAGCGCCGCGAUCUCCAGCGCCGCCGCCAGCAGCUCUUCAUGGACCGCCUCAACUUCCAGCGCCGAGUUCGCGCGCUCGAAGACGCGACGAAGAAAAUUGCGGCUACCGCGGGAGCGCAGCCGGAUGAGGCGAUGGAGAGGCUUGCGGAGGCGAUGCGUGCGUUUGGCGUGGGCAAGGGCGAGGAUGGCAUGGGGACGAAGAGGGAUAGUGUCGAUGAAGGGGUGCAGCCUGUUGCGGAGGGUGCAGAGGGGUAUGCGAAGAUGGAGAUUUAG